UCAAAAUAUUUUGCAAACAAAACAAUAAAACAAUCGAUAAAUGAUUUGACAGACAAUUGAAAAACAUCAAAUAUGAGUGAAGAGUUGGCUACAAAUGGUUUAACAUUAGUAGUGAAGUGGAGUUCACACGAGUAUACCAUCGAUUCGGUGACCAUUGAGGACACGGUUUUGGAUCUCAAGAAAGCUAUCUUCAAGAACACUGGUGUUAAACCCGAGCGACAAAAACUUAUGGGUCUUAAGAGCAACGGAAAGCCGGCCACCGAUGAGAUGCUGCUCUCCAAAGUCGAUAUAAGACCUAAUAUGAAGAUAAUGAUGAUGGGCAGCAAAGAAACAGAUAUUGCUAGUGUUGAUCUCUCACCUCAAGACAUACCUAAUGUCAUCAACGACUUUGAUAUCGGCGAUGACAUCGAAUUGGGGAAUAUUCCCAUUCAAAAUAGGGAAGAGUUUUUGGCCAAAGUUGACAAACGGGUUAAAGACUACAAAAUUAAGAUGUUAUCCGAACCCCGAAACGGCAAAAAACUACUCGUUUUAGAUAUCGAUUACACACUAUUCGACCACCGAUCAACAGCUGAAUGUGCGGCACAACUGAUGAGACCUUAUUUGCAUGAAUUCCUAACCAUUGCUUAUGAAGAUUACGAUAUUGUCAUUUGGUCGGCGACGGGAAUGAAAUGGAUUGAAGUGAAGAUGAGAGAACUGGGCGUUGAAAAGAAUACCAAUUAUAAGAUAGUGUUUUAUUUGGACAGUUCGGCUAUGAUUAGUGUCCACACAACCAAAUAUGGAUUAGUAGACGUAAAACCUUUGGGUGUCAUUUGGGGUAAAUUUAAAGAGUAUUCGCCAAAGAAUACUAUAAUGUUUGACGACAUCCGCAAGAAUUUCUUAAUGAAUCCACAGAAUGGACUCAGAAUUCGUGCUUUUCGUGAGGCCAACAAAAAUAGAGAUACAGACAAUGAGUUAUACUAUUUGUCUAAAUAUUUGAAGAAAAUCGCGAAAUUGGAUGAUUUUGGUUCACUUAAUCACAGACAUUGGCAAAGAUAUCUAAAUCAAGAGUGAGACUUAUAUUUGUUUGCAUUUAAUUUGAGUUAAUCUA